CCACCCCGCACCAGCCAGAGCACCCGCCACCAUGUCCAAGGUCCAGGCACCAGAGCUCAAGAAGUACAUGGACAAGCUCUUGUUCGUCAACCUCCAGGGUCACCGCAAGGUCUCGGGCUACCUGCGCGGUUUCGACAUCUUCCUCAACCUCGUCCUCGAGGAGGCGCGCGAGGAGGGCUCGGCAGACAAGACCGACGUCGGCACCGUCGUCAUCCGCGGCAACAGCGUGACAAGCAUGGAGCUCAUGGCGACCCGAGGAUGAAGAGGGCCCGACGACCGGCAGCCAUACCCGCCCCGCACACACGUACUACACCCUGUAACAUCACGCUUCCCUGAGCAUCUC